AUGAUCACCCCGACCACCACGCCCCACUCUGCCGGCCAGGCCAAACGCGCCGGCAAGGCCCCCAACCAGUCUCUCAACCACCUCCUCAACUUCUCGCUACCGCCUAGACAGUCUUCGUAUAAUCAGAGUACUCCCCGCAGGGCGAGGAGGACCGGCACCCAGCAUGGCAUUUGGAAUAAAGAGCGUUUCGUGAAUGCACAGUAUCGUUUCGUCAUGAACCCUACCGGAGAUUAUACCGUACAUUUCGCCGAUCCCGACAUCUACUUUCAAUGGCACGACAUCCUGCAGGUCAUCAUCCCUAGGGGCCACAAUCUCUCUGCAGCCUCUCGCGCACAGGCCUCUGAAGACGCGGGCAUUCUGACAUGUCCGAUAUGCCUUUCGCCACCUACCGCCCCUCGGAUGACUAAAUGCGGUCAUGUGUACUGCUAUCCGUGUAUCCUGCACCUCAUCAGCACUUCCGACCAACCCAAAUGGGUGCGGUGUCCCAUCUGCUUUGACUCAGUCAACGAGCGUCAGCUCAAGGCCGUCAAAUGGCUCGAUGAAGUUCCAUUUCCGGACGAGGUCGACGAUGCCCCUGCCGAGGGUUCUUCGUCAUCGGUGACGCUAGACCAGGAGCUGUCGACUACUCCUCGGGAAGGGUCUACGCUGCGUAUGCGUCUUAUUCAGCGACCGCAGAUCACUACGCUGGCGUUGCCUCGGUCAUCCACCUGGCCCUCGGAUCUCCUACCGCCUCACCAGGCGCCGUUUCACUUCCUACCUGAUGUCUUCGCCUUCUCCAAAUUCAUGCUGGCAACACCCUCGGAACUAAUCCGGGACCUGACCAACGAUCUGGAUGAACUUGCCACAGAAAGGCGGCUCUUGGCCGGCAUGGGUGAUGAACUAGGCACCGUCUUCAUCGACGCUGCGGACGCAAAGGUACGGCACCAGAUUGAGAAGGCGAACGCACUGGACACAGCACACCUACGUGAGGCCAUCGAAACCGCGCGGCACGUCGCCCAGCGGCUUCACGACCAGUCGGCCCGCGACCGACAGCGCAAAGAGGAGUACACCGCGAUCUCCUCCGAGGAAGUCCCUCAGGCCUUCCUCAACAUUCAUGGACCGGGCUUCACCGCACCAGUUCCGGCACGAGAAUCUGCGCCCACACCCACGUCCGGGCGCAAUCCCCGACAACGCCGGAAUCUCAAUCCGCCGCCACCGUCGACUUCGACAUACUAUUACUAUCAGGCGGCCAGCGGGAUGCCAGUGUUCUUGCAUCCGCUAGAUAUCAAGAUCUUGCUCUCGCACUACAACAGCUAUGCUGCGUUCCCGGAUGCAAUCACCAUCAAGGUCGAAUCAUAUACCGAGAGCACGGUGAACGACGACCUGCGCAAACGCUGCAAGUACCUCGCGCACCUGCCCGAAGGCGCGGACGUCGUCUUCGUCGAGGCAGACCUCGAGGCCGUCGUCGGCGCAGACGGCCUCCGCCCCUUUGAGGGCGCACUCAAGCUCCGCCGCGCACGGCGCAAGGAGAAGGGCCGGCGGGACGACAAGGCCCGCGCCCGCGCCGAGGAGCGCGAGAAGGAGCGCCUCGCGCAGACGUACAGCGAGUUCGGGAUCUCGCCCACGUCCGCCUUCGGGUUCGUCAUCCCCCCUGACAUCCCCCGCGAGCCGUCGCCCGCUCCCCCUACUGCCGCCGCAGAGCACGAGGCAGCGUCGAUACCGCAGCCGACGGGGGCGUGGGGCCAGCGCAGCUUUGCGUCCGCGGCGCAUGCCGCGCAGGGCCGCGAGCCGGGGCAGCGGCCGGCGCCGGCGGUGCGCGCGCGCGAGCGCGAGGAGGACGAGUGGGAGCUGGACGUCGCGUUCCACGAGCUCGAGCAGCGCACGGCGAAGAGCGGGGGGAAGAAGCGCGGGAACCGGCUCGUCGUCCUCGGCGGCGGCGGUGGGAGGCGGGCGCGGUAACGCUGGGUUACGCACGCGGACCGGGGGAGACGUUCUCGAGCCUCUGUGUGGUCUAGAUUUACAUACGACGACGGAGACGUCGCGUCGUGGUGGACGGCGCAAGGACAGCGCGGCGCUCCGGCGGUGGGCGUCGCCGUGGGAUAGGGGUGGCUGGAUUCAUAGCAUGUACAUGUAUAGCGCACGCAGGACCCCCAUACUUAGCCUCUGUAGCAACAGUAACGCAAGCAUAAAUUUACA